GCGUCGCUGCGCACGGGCGGCCCGGCCCAUGUCAGCGCCGCGGAGCCGGGAUGAGGGCGCCCGCGCUGCUGCCGCCCGCGCUGCUGACCUGCUGCGGCUGGCUGCUCGCCCCGGUGAGCAGUAUUCACCCAGAAUGCCGAUUUCAUCUGGAAAUUCAGGAGGAAGAAACGAGAUGUGCAGAGCUUCUAAGGACUCAAACAGAAAAACACAAAGCCUGCAGCGGCAUCUGGGACAACAUUACUUGCUGGCGCCCCGCAGAUGUCGGCGAGACCGUCACGGUGCCCUGUCCAAAGCUUUUCAGCAAUUUUUACAGCAAACCAGGAAACAUAAGCAAGAACUGCACCAGUGACGGGUGGUCAGAGACAUUCCCGGAUUUCAUGGACGCGUGUGGCUACAGCGACCCUGAGGACGAGAGCAAGAUCACAUUCUACAUUCUGGUGAAGGCCAUUUACACCCUGGGCUACAGCGUCUCUCUGAUCUCCCUUACAACAGGAAGCAUAAUUCUUUGCCUCUUCAGGAAGCUGCACUGCACCCGGAACUACAUCCACCUGAACCUGUUCCUGUCUUUCAUCCUGCGCGCCGUCUCGGUGCUGGUCAAGGAUGCCGUGCUGUACUCCAGCUCCGGGACGCUGCACUGCCCGGACCUGCCGUCCUCCUGGGUGGGCUGCAAGCUGAGCCUGGUGUUCUUCCAGUACUGCAUCAUGGCCAACUUCUACUGGCUGCUGGUGGAGGGGCUCUACCUCCACACCCUGCUCGUGGUCAUCUUCGCCCCCGGCCGGCGCUUCCGGGCCUACCUCCUGAUCGGAUGGGGCAUCCCCACCGUCUGCACGGGUGCGUGGACUGUGGCCCGGCUCUUGCUGGAGGACACGGGUUGCUGGGAUACCAAUGACCACAGUGUUCCUUGGUGGGUUAUACGAACACCAAUUUUAAUUUCUAUUAUAGUCAAUUUCAUCCUUUUUGUUAGUAUUAUACGAAUUUUACUGCAAAAGUUGACGUCCCCAGAUGUCGGCGGCAACGAUCAGUCACAGUACAAGAGGCUGGCCAAGUCCACGCUGCUGCUCAUCCCGCUGUUUGGAGUCCACUACAUGGUGUUUGCUGGCUUUCCAAACGGCAUCUCCUCCAAAUACCAGAUUCUGUUCGAGCUGUGCCUCGGAUCCUUUCAGGGCCUGGUGGUGGCGGUUCUCUACUGCUUCCUCAACAGCGAGGUGCAGAGCGAGCUGAGACGCACGUGGCGUGGCCUGUGGCCCAGCCGGCCCUCCGCCCGGGACUACCGGCUGCACAGUUCGUCCAUCUCCAGGACCGGCUCCGACGGCGCCCUGCAGGGUCCCCGCGGCUCCCGGGCCCCGUCCCUGCUGCAGACGGAGACCUCGGUCAUCUAAGGGUGCCUCAGUGAGGGCCCGAACAGACUCAGCGCUGACCCCCCAGAGCCAGGCCUGGCUGACCCCCCGGGGGACUGGGGGACCUCGAAACCACCCGGGACUUAAAGCUCAAGACUGUCAAACUCCAGCAGUCAGAUGCUUUCUAUUUCACGUUGUUUGGCCAUGCAGACAGACCCAUUUUCAAAGAGACUAGCAAAGACCACAGUGGUAGAACCCAGGACUUGGGUCCAGCGACUGUGGAAGAAAGGAGGGGUUUUCUAAUCUCAGCGCCAGUUCUCGGGGGGCACAGGCCUGAGCUGGGGCGCUGGCCCUCAGGGACGUGGUUACCCCCUGUUUCUGCAUGACCUGCGUCGCUGGUCUCCCACCCCCAGUCACGGGGGCGGCCCACCCCGCUGGCUGCAGGACAUGUGGGCCUCCCCCCGCUCCGAGGGCUUCCACGGAGCCUCCCGCAAGCUCAGCUGGGCCCCUCGCUUCCGCACCCCCGGGCGCCCGCGGCCCCGCCCUGCUCACACCACAACCGGGCUCUCGCCUCUCUGCUGCUGCGCUCGGUUCCCCAGCCGCUCUGCGGCAUCAGGCCCCGCUUACCAAGGAGACCAAGGAGCCUUCGUCUUGGGGCAUCACAGACCUGAGCGUGGGUGCCUGUCAUCAGGGUGGCCGGCGCAGGGCCGGGGGGCAGGGCUGCGCUGAGGAGUGGGCUGGACGG